AUGGCUUCUACCAUUCCCACAUGCUACCAAGUUUUUCAACCUUGUUCACUAAAUACCUCUCUUUUCACCAACUUUGCCACCAAAAGCAACAAUGAUAAUAACAUUAAUAUCCGACCUAGUAAGCUAACUGGUCUAAGGACACUCUCUUUCUCUUCUAUUAACCCUUCAGAUGAACAAGUAUCCAUAAAAAAGACAACAAAUGACCUGAAUUUUAAGGAUAAAACCACUAGAUUUCGAGUCAAAGGUCUUGUCAACAGGAUUAAAGCAUUAUCCUCUUCCAACAGAAAAACUGAGAUGCUACAAAACCUAGAGAAAGAUGCUGAAUUUCAAACUAUAUCAGAUUUCAAUCACCUUCUCAUGGCUCUAGUCAUUGCACAAGAGCCUGAUGUUUGUCUCAGGAUCUUCAAAAAGUUACCAUCUUUUCAACUUGUGCCAGAUUGUUGCACCUACUCCAUCAUGAUAAGGUGCUACUGUGAGAAAAAUGAUAUGGAUGAAGCUAAAAGAGCUUUGGACACAAUCCUGGAAAAAGGGUUUCUACCAAAUGAUGCAACCAUCACUGUUCUCAUAAAUUCCCUUUGCAAAAGGGGGAGAGUGAAGAAGGCUUUGGAGGUUUUUGAGCUCAUGGGCACAAUGGGUUGCAAGCCCAGUGUUAAAGCACAAAACUGCUUGAUGAAGGGGUUGUGUUAUGUGGGGAAGGUGGAAGAAGCAUUGGAGAUGUUGAUGGGUAUGAAGGAAACCUUGUUGGAGCCUGAUGUUUAUUCUUAUAAUGCUGUAAUGGAUGGGUUAUGUAAAGUGGGUCGUUCAGAUGAAGCAAUGGAGUUGCUCAAUGAAGCUGUUGGAAUGGGAUUGAUACCCAAUGUGGUCACCUUCAACACUUUGAUUCAAGGAUAUUCUAGGGAGGGGAGAUCAAUGGAGGGUGUUGCUGUUUUGAACCUGAUGAAGAAGCAUGAGUGUGUUCCUGAUUGUAUUACUUACAACACUGUGUUACAUGGGUUGUUAAAAUGGAAUGAGGUUCUAGCAGCCCUUUGGAUUUACAAGGAAAUGGUGAGACUUGGGUUUGAAGUGGAGGUGAGGAUGAUGGGGACUCUGGUGAGACGUUUGUGUAAAAGGUCAUGGAAGGAAAGAGGUCUGCUUCAAGAUGCAGUUGAAGUGUUUGAGAAAAUGAAAGAGAGGGAUUCAGUGGUUGACCAUAGGACACUUGAGGUGAUGGUCCAGGCACUGUGUGUGGGAAAGAAGUUUGAGGAGGCUUUGGCAAAUUUGAAUUAUAUGGUUAGAUUGGGCUAUUCUCCUGAACCAAUUACCUUUGCUGAAGUGAUUCAAGGCCUUUGUGCUACGGGAAGAGUGGAUGAGGCAGUGUCAACUUUGCUCCUUUUGAGUGCAAAUGGAGGAAUUCCCAAUAGAAUUUAUUAUGACGUGUUAAUCAAAGAACUCAAUGCACAAGGGAGAUUAUCUUGUGCUUCCAAGAUGUUUGGUGCUGCACUGAAGCAAGGUCUUCUUCCCAGAAGGGAACCUCUGCUGUGUAAAUGUUAUGAAGAGGGAGGAACUGUAAGCUAACCAAGGGGAGUUAGUCAGCACAAGCCAGAUUAGAGAUUCUGACAUUGAAAUUCAAUUAUAAUAUACCACUAAGUGAAUGAAGAAUUUCGUGUAAAUGGUAAUAAGGUUUGGGAACGGGAAGAAAGGAGCAAGCUAUGA